AUGGAGGGUCACACUCCUAGCCCCGCAGCGUCGGACUCGACUGAUCCCUUCGAUGUCAGCGAGUCUUUGGUCCCAAUAAGAAAGCCACAGGAAGCUGGGAAUAGCAGCGUGUCAUUUGAUGGUCUUCUGAACGAUUCUCUUCUCCUCAAGGAGGAUCUUUCCGAGGGAUGUGGAGGCAAACUCUGGCCGGCCGGGAUGGUUCUGGCCAAGUAUCUUCUGCGCCAACACCGGUCAAAUCUCGCUAAUAGAACUAUUAUUGAGCUGGGAGCUGGUGGCGGCCUUGUCGGUUUGGCAGUAGCUCGCGGCUGCGUUGUUGGACCAUCCCCGAUUUACCUCACCGACCAAGAACCGAUGCUUCCAUUAAUGGAAACGAACAUCAAACUCAAUAACCUCUCGCCGCUCGUUACACCUAUGGUUUUGAACUGGGGAGAGCCGCUUCCUGAUGAUAUCCCUCCUCAUCCAGCUGUUAUAUUAGCUGCUGACUGCGUUUACUUUGAACCGGCCUUCCCACUUCUUAUAACGACGCUCCAAGAGCUAAUUGGUCCCGGCUCAAUAUGCUACUUUUGCUUUAAGAGACGUAGGCGAGCGGAUCUUCGCUUUAUGAAACUGGCAAAGAAAAUAUUCGAUAUCAGUGAAAUCCAGGAUGACCCCGACGCCGAGAGUUACAAGCGCGAAAACAUCUUUCUUUAUAAAAUUCGCGCUAGAAAUAGCAAAGCGGGUGGCAGAUAA